CUCCAGCAUGGCUCACCUCCAAAGUUCCCAGCCUACAGGAUCGAGCCACUCCAGCAUGGCUCACCUCCAAAGUUCCCAGCCUACAGGAUCGAGCCACUCCAGUAUGGCUCACCUCCAAAGUCAGUCCCAGCCUACAGGAUCGAGUAGCCACUCCAGCAUGGCUCACCUCCAAAGUUCCCAGCCUACAGGAUCGAGCCACUCCAGCAUGGCUCACCUCCAAAGUUCCCAGCCUACAGGAUCGAGCCACUCCAGCAUGGCUCACCUCCAAAGUCAGUCCCAGCCUACAGGAUCGAGUAGCCACUCCAGCAUGGCUCACCUCCAAAGUCAGUCCCAGCCUACAGGAUCGAGUAGCCACUCCAGCAUGGCUCACCUCCAAAGUUCCCAGCCUACAGGAUCGAGUAGCCACUCCAGCAUGGCUCACCUCCAAAGUCAGUCCCAGCCUACAGGAUUCAGCCACUCCAGCUUGCAGCCCAUUCAUCUUAGCCGGGAAGUUGCACGGUUGUUGGAAGAAAACUGGCUAUUGCGCGAACAGUUAUAUAAUGCCAGACAAGCUGCCGCCCUCCUAGACAACACUACAUUAGACAACAAACUCAGGCUUGAAAUCUGUGCCAUAUGCUCAACAACCAGCCCGCUUUCAUCAACCAUCAAAACCAUCUGAGAUAUUCAGAACUUCAGCGCCGAGAACACCAUCACCUACCUGGAAACACACGCACCCAUUCUUUACCGACUCAUGACCAACCUCACUUCGCCCACAUACAUCAGGACAUCAGGUGAUAGAUCACAGUCAGUCGCCAUGUUAAUCAUUGCUACCAUUGCCAACCACAGAAAUCACCGUGCUUCAGCACUUCAAGUCAUCAUGUCCCUUGGAUUCCUAUCAAGAACAUGCAAUGACCAACUUUUGACAAUCCUCAACCAUGCUGGCAUGGGAGUUUCAUCCCGCACUGCUUGGCGAAUCAUCAGUGAGAACGCUGCCACCACACGUGCAUCUCCUAUAGCAGCAGGGGGGGAAAUCUGGUCAUAUGACAAUGUCAACAUAAUGGUCAACGUCCAACAAGUGAGACAAGGUCACCGUUCUGAGAUGAAGAAUUGGACGUCACGACUGACAGUGCCAAUCAGACACAUACCAGAUGAGGGAUUGUCAACAGAACCAAGGGGAAGACGCAGGGACCUUACUGCAAAAGACAUCCUCCCAGGUGCAGAGGAUAUCAGCAGCCUGCGAAAGCGGUUUAGUGCCCGCAUCAAGGCAGUGCUGUCAACCCGGUUCACAGCAUUUGCCUCCCACAAAAAGCCACCACCCAAGAGAAAGAGAGUUCCUGCAUCGACCUACAGGCCAUUGGAGCUGAUGGGGGCAAAUGAGGCAACGACGGCGGACAAUAUCACCAUCCUCCGGAAGUUUGCCACAGAGGCAGGCAUGUCUGAGGACAACUGCUGGGAUCAGGAGAUAAUAGGUGACCAGGCCACUUGCAAAAAUAUUCGUGGUGCGAGGAGGCUUCGAGAAGAUGACGUGAACCGCCUGGAAAAACUGGAGUGGGCCAAGGAAUGCCCAGGUGACUUCCACUUUGUGUGGGAAGGGGGAAGAUGCACCUGUAUCACCUUCUUUUCAUCGCCCAAAAAUGUCGGCUCCCUUGCUCAUCUGAAGGAUGUCGUGGAUAGGCGCACUGUUGACUCUCAAGGCAAAAAAUUCAACCCCAUGGACGAGUUCCUCCACCAUGCCUGUGAAGCACACCUAAUUGCAGCUUUACUCGAGCACCUGGGAAUGGAGAGUCCUGAUGAAGAUGUUCCGGAGAAGACAGAAGAGGAGCUAGACGAUAUCGUAGAAUCCUUCAUGGACAAGUUCAUCUUCAAGCAGAGUUGCAGCAACAGGGUAGAUGACAGUCUCUUUGAGCUCUGCACAUCACUUCUACGCCAUCUGAUGUUGUAUACAGAUCUGAGACAGUGUAUUAGGUGAGCUUUUACUAUUUUGCCAUGC